AUGCUCGAUGUGGUCCAAGCAACCGAGAACUCAAACACCUCGCUAGAGUCUCUCGAAGAACUCGCCGCUGGCUACUCUGUGUCCGACGUUUCUGAAGAUGGGCACGUCGACACCGACGACGCCAAUGAAGCCAAAAUCUACCGACGCAGUCGCAAAGACACGUUCAAUCCUUUGGACGAGUCAUGUAACCAAAGACCACACCGUCUGCCACAAGAAAGAAAUGAUAUUACGUGGAGGAGAUCUCCAGAUACAGAAUUUGUAGAGGUCUACAAGGCGCCAUCGCUGAAGCCAAUUGACGAGAAGGACGUUGGCGUUAAAUCGACUGUGACAGUGUCUUCCCACGCUCUGUCAACGGGGUCUCUGUCAUCGACGGAAACCAGACCUCGACAACGAGUGCAAAACCUUUGCCUUCAUUGGUUCACAGCAUACCGGAUACUUAUCGGGCUUACCUUGAUCGUCAACGUCGCAGUGCUCAUCGUCCAUAUUGAAAGGACCCGUUAUGAGCGCUUUGCACUCGCCGGGCCUCUAAUCGCUACAGCCGCCAAUAUCUUUGUCGCGGUCUUGGUACGCCAGGAGGAUCUCAUUAACGCGAGCUUCUCCUUCGUGGCCACAACACGAGCAAGCCUGCCGUUGUGGCUGAGGAAGAUGAUCGCAGACUUUCACCACUAUGGCGGACUACACGUUGGAUGCUCCUUGGCAGCGCUGCUAUGGUACUGUUACUUUGUGUUUCUCAACACAUACUUCUUCCUCGAUUUCGCAAGACAGAACGAGGCUACAGGUUGGAUGUGGGCCGACAUCAUCACCUGCUACGCCAUCCUCCUAUCCAUCGUAGUCGUCUGUAUCCUAGCCCACCCACGUCUUCGCGUGAGCUUUCACAACACAUUCGAGCACACGCAUCGCUUCGGCGGAUGGGCUGCAUUGCUAGUACUAUGGAUAAACGCAGGUGUAGCAAGCCAUAACCCAGGCAGUUUUCCUCUCUACGCCAACGCCGCACUAUGGCUUCUAGCCUUGACAACCUUCCUCAUAAUCCUCCCAUGGACCCGCAUCCGCCGUGUACCCAUCACUGCCGAACUCGUCUCAAGCCGCGAAGUCAAACUCACCUUUCCCUACCAAAACAUGCCUUACACAUCCACGACUCGCUUCUCCCUCAGCCCGCUCCUCGAAUGGCACGCCUUUGCCACCAUCCCAAUCAUUGCCUCCUCCACACCAACCAGCUCCUCCGCAUACAUAGUCAUCUCCCAAGCAGGCGACUGGACAAAAUCUAUCAUCGCAUCCCCACCCACCCACCUCUGGCUACGCAAACCUGCCGCCAAGAACUUCCUCUCCUUCGCCCCGCUCUUCAAUUCCCUCCUUCUUGUAGGCACGGGCGCGGGAAUCGGUCCCUUGCUCUCCCUCUUGAGCUCCCCAGCUAUUGCGCACAUGCGGGAACAAGGCAAGCAGGUUAGGGUGAUGUGGUGUGUGUAUGAUCCCAAUGCGGCGCAUUGGCGCUUCGUUCAAGAUAUCAUACGGAGAGUGGAUUCGGAGCCUAAGAUCUUUGACUCGAGGGAUGGUCGACCGGAUUUGGUGACUGAAACCGCGUUUAUGAAGGAGGAGUGUGGGUUGGAGGCUAUUAUGAUUGUUAGUAAUGCCAAGGUCACGAGGGAGGUUGUUGAGGGCAUCAAGGGGAAGGGUGGUGCGGCUUAUGGGGCUGUGUUUGAUUCUUAG